AUGUCGCGCAACUCGCAAAGUAUAUCGUACAUCAAUCGAAAAAUCGCAGUUAUGGGCUCGCCAUACGUCGGAAAAUCCACAGUCGUUUAUCGUUUUGUCUAUGGAGAAUUUGUGGAGAAAUAUGAAUCUACGAUUGAAGAUCAAUUGACGAAACGAAUGGAAUUUAAUAAUCGACAUGUUUCCUUGAAAGUUACAGGUAUUUUAUUGAUUUUAUGCGAAUUUUUAUCCCAAAAACCAUUUCAGACACAGCUGGCCAAGAAGAAUACAGUGUUUUCCCGCGAAGUUGUUCAUUCGACAUUUCUGGAUUCAUUUUAAUGUAUUCUAUAGAUGAUCGCCGUUCUUUUGACAUGCUUUCUUAUAUUUACGAUAAAAUUGUGGAUACUUAUGGUGAUACAAGUAUUCCUUUGGUUAUUGUUGGCAAUAAAUCGGAUUUAUGUGUGAAUCGAAGUGUUGAAAAACGAGAAGGACAAGAAUUGGCGAGAUUUUGGGGAGCGCAGUUUGUUGAAAUAUCGGCGAAGAAUGUGGUGAGUGAUUUUUCACGAAAAAUUAUGAUUUUUCGAUUUCUAUUCGCUGGAAAUCCAUGAAAAUGCUCGAAAAUUGUUAAUUUUCAGUCAAAAAUUGUUUUCAGGACCAAGUGUCAGCUCUCUUCGAAUUAAUUCUUCGUGAAAUCGAAAUCUCUCGUGGAAAUAUCGUGCGUUCUCCUCCAAAAAAUCCGCAAAUCAUCAAUAAUUCCUCCCAAAAUAGCCCAAAUAAUAAUCAAAACCAGAUCAAUAAUAACAAUAAUCAAAAUCAAAACGACAAAGAUUCUUGUACCAUAUGUUAG